AUGUCAUCACAGUGGUCUCAGGGCGUGGUGCCACCACCAGCAGGGGUAACGCCGAACUUCGUCGAUCCGCCGAACCAGAUGACAGAGAACAUAGCGAUCCACACCGUCUUCCUCACGCUGAGCACCUUGGCUGUUGCCAUGCGGAUAUACACCCGAGUGCAUAUUUCUCGAGUGAAUCUGGGUGCUGACGAUUUACUCAGACAUCUGCCUCUUUGCACUUGCAAGCUACUCCCGAGCCUCGAACUCCAGGUACAUGGACUGACGUCGAAUCGACAGUGCGCGACGGCAGCAUGGUCAGGAUUACUUCUCGAGUGUUUCCACUGGGGAAUCGGCCGUCACAUAUGGGAAGAGCCGGCGACCUGGCUCGUCUCAGCGUUGAAGUUUCAAACCAUAGCGUCCCAGGUGUACCUCGUAGCCGCCACUGCGAUCAAACUCAGCCUCCUCUUCCUAUACCGUCGUCUAUUCAACUUGAAGAAGAAGGCCAAGUACUUCGUCAACGGCGGGAUUGUCGUCGUCCUCCUCAUGGGCAUAGCGCUCUUGCUUGCUAUCAUCUUCUUCUGCACCCCGGUCCGAAAGGCGUGGGAUGACUCUGUCGAAGGCCAUUGCUCAGACCCUGCCCCAGUCUCUUAUCUCAGUGGCGUGUGGAAUGCCGCCGUGGAUGUCUACGUGCUGAUCCUGCCCGUUCCACUGCUCUGGGGAUUGAACAUGAGCCCAAGGCAGAAGCUGAGACUCGGGGCCGUCUUUGGAAUUGGUAUCUUUGCCUGUGCGGCCAGCCUCGUCCGCCUGGGCUUCACGCCACUCCUACAGAGCGACUUGGACUCUACAUACAACAUUGCCUCUGUUUCAGUCUGGGCUACACUGGAAAUCAACGUCGGACUCAUCUGCUCCUGUCUCAUGCUGCUGCCGGCCUUCCUGAGGUACCACCUCUCUGAAUCAACGAAAUCCUACUUCUGCGCCAUCACGCUCAACGUGACGCGAUCUGGGAGGAACCCAUCGGCCAAGAACGCACAUCAGUGGCAAGGGUACCAUCACAAAGUGCAUUCGGAUCCUCGGAAUCUCGUCGUCUCGGGGGGCAAGGAACACCACCACCAUCAGAUCACGAGGACGGAUACUUUCACGCUGGAGACGAUUCAUGUGCCGGCCGACCUGGAGCGCGGUGCGACAACUCAUCAGCCUGGACGUGCUUUCUAG